AUGGCCACCCCAGAUAUCCAGCAGAAUAUUCCCUCGCACAUCCGUGGAGUGCCUGGCUCAGUCAAUAUACCAGUAGCACGCUUCCCAGUGCCAUCGAAAACUGCCAUCGGUGAUCCAGAGCAUAUUGCAUCGAAGCUUGUCAACGCUUUCAACCUUGCAUUGGCCAAACGCGACUUUGUCAACAUCGCGAGCUUAUUUGGGGACAACGGUUUCUGGCGCGACCAUCUAGCUCUAUCGUGGCAGCUUCGAACGGUGCAAGGCCAUGAACCUAUCGUGAAAUUCCUUGAGAAAUGUUCAGAGUCCAGGGACGGCAUGCGACUCCAGGAAAUCUCUAUUGACAGGAGCACCCCCAUUCGCGCUCCUAAAGUGUGUGCACUUGACGGAGCUGGCGAAGUUCAAGGCAUCCAAUUUUUCUUCACCGCGCAGACGGCUCAUGGUUCUGCAGUCGGAAUCGCCCGCCUCGCACUGCAGAACGAUACCUGGAAGAUUUUCACCUUAUAUACUGGCCUUACGGAGCUCAAGGGCCAUGAGGAGCUUCUUGGACAUCGGAGACCCAAGGGUGCGGAACAUGGUGGUAACCCAGAUCGCAAGAAUUGGGCGGAAAAAAGAGCCGAUUCUGCUGCCUACGCCGACGGUCAUGAGCCGAGUGUACUCAUUAUCGGUAAGUUCCUAUCUAAUGGUUUUCAAGAAACCCCCGCUAAUCCUUAUUUCAAAGGCGCCGGACAGGGUGGUUUGACCGCGGCUGCGAGAUUGAAGAUGCUAGGAGUAGACUCCCUUAUUAUCGAUAAAAACGAGUCAGUCGGAGAUAACUGGCGACAGCGGUAUCGUCAGCUCGUUCUACACGAUCCAGUAUGGUACGAUCAUAUGCCUUACAUGGAGUUUCCAGCAACUUGGCCUAUCUUUACGCCGAAGGAUAAGCUGGCUGAAUUUUUUGAAUGCUACGUCAAGAUGUUAGAACUCAAUGUUUGGAACAGGACGACUAUCACCCGGUGCGAAUGGGACGAGAAAAAUGCCAACUGGAUCGUGAACGUCUCGUGCCAACAGAAGGACGGAACCACUGAAGUGAGAAGCUUCCGCCCCCGUCAUAUUAUUCAAGCGACCGGCCAUUCUGGAAAGAUGAAAAUGCCUCAAGUCCCUGGCAUGGAAAACUUCCAGGGUGAACUUCUUUGUCACUCCUCACAAUUCCCAGGUGCCCAGAAAAAUAGCCAUGGUAAAAAGGCUAUCGUUGUGGGUUCGUGUAAUUCGGCCCACGAUAUCGCACAAGAUUACCAGGAGAGGGGCUACCAUAUUACUAUGGUCCAGAGAUCAACAACAUGCAUUAUUUCCUCGGAUGCUAUCAGGAAAAUUGGUCUAAGGGGCCUUUACGAAGAGGAUGGUCCGCCAGUGGCAGAUGCCGAUCUCCUUCUCCAUGGCACUCCUACGCCAGUCUUGAAAGCCCUCCAAAUUCAUAUCACUUCACAAGAGGCAGAGCACGAUAAGGAGCUUCUGGAUGGGCUUGCAAGAGCCGGGUUCAAGGUUGAUCGUGGUCCCAAUGGCGGCGGACUAUUCAUCAAAUAUUUCCAGCGCGGUGGUGGCUACUACAUUGAUGUCGGAGCCUCCCAAAUGAUCGUGGAUGGGAAGAUCAAGGUGAAGCAAGGUCAGGAAAUUGCUGAAGUUCUGCCUCGAGGGAUGAAAUUUGCCGAUGGUUCUGAGCUAGAAGCUGACGAAAUUGUCUUCGCUACUGGAUACGACAAUAUGCGCUCGGAAACAAGAAAUAUCCUGGGCGACAAGAUUGCUGAUAAGGUAUCUGAUGUUUGGGGUUACAAUAAUGAAGGAGAAAUCAGGACCAUGUGGCAGGACAGUGGACACCAGGGGUUCUACUUUCAUGGAGGCAACCUGGCAACUGCCAGAUACUAUUCUAAGAUUCUGGCACUCCAGAUCAAAGCUCUUGAGGAAGGUCUCUAUCGUUAUGGUGAAUUCUAA